UCGCACUUUCUUCCACCUCUCCUCUCCACUCCUGCAUUGUCUCCUUCAGUCAGUCUUGCAUGGCAGUGAGCUUCUGGAGGCACGAGGUAUCCGACCUCUGUCUAGCCAAGCCGGCUCUGAGGUCCCUCUCCGUCUCUGCCACCGUCGACGAUGCCUUAGAGGCCCUUAAAACCUCCGAAGAAAACUUCCUCAGCGUCUGGGAUUGCAGCCACCACUCCAAAACCCUCGCCGGCGAUCACUGCCGCUGUGUUGGGAAGGUCUGCAUGGUCGAUGUCAUCUGCUACCUCUCCCAGGAUGCCAACCUCUUGUCUCCCUCCGCCGCUCUCAAAGCACCCGUCUCUGAAAUCAUGACAGAGACUACAGCAACUGUUAUGCAUGUGGAGCCUUCUUGCAGUUUACUAAAAGCCAUUGAUCUAAUGCUCCAAGGAAUCCAGAACCUUACAGUACCAAUCCAAACCAGACAAAGCAGCAACUCAAGAAGAAAGCAAUACCCAAAAGCCAUCAACACCACCGCAAGCACCAUCCACAACGGCCAAGAGUUCUGCUGGCUGACACAGGAAGACGUAGUUCGGUUCCUCCUCAACUCAAUUGGGGUCUUCUCACCCCUUCCUGCUCUCUCAAUCGACUCACUCGGCUUGAUCAACACGGCAGACAUCUUGGCCAUCAACUACCACUCUCCGGCCAGCUCCGCCGUCCAGCUCAUAACUCAGUCGCUGACGCAGCAGACUUCAGUUGCAGUUGUUGACAAUGAUGGUGUUUUAAUCGGUGAGAUCUCACCUUUUACUCUUUCCAGCUGUGAUGAGUCGGUGGCUGCAGCCAUAGCCACUCUGUCGUGUGGAGAGCUCAUGGCCUACAUUGACUGUGGAGGACCCCCUGAGUACCUGAUCAAGAUUGUGACUGAGAGACUCAAGGAGAGAAAGUUGCAGGGUGCUUUGGAGAGUUACUCAUCAAGUACUUCAACUUCAACUAUGUUUUCAUCUUCUUCCUCAUCAGAUGAGGAGUCCUCAGUGUCUCCAGGAAGUACUAGAAUGAGGAGGUCUGGGAGGUUCAACAGGUCUAAUAGCUACUCAGCUAGAAUGGUGAGAAGGGCUGAGGCUAUAGUGUGUCAUCCCAAGAGCUCAUUGGUGGCUGUGAUGAUUCAGGCAAUUGCUCACAGAGUGAACUAUGUUUGGGUUAUUGAGGAUGAUUGUAGCCUUGUGGGGAUUGUCACCUUCUCUGGGAUGCUGAAGGUUUUCAGGGAACAUUUAGAAACUAUGGUGUAGAACACUAUAAUGUGGAAAAAGGGUGUUUGGUUGUAAGUUUAGGGUAAUCAUGUUUUUGAGGUUUGUGUGGAUGUGAAUAUGAAGAGAAAUCUUUGUGCUACAAAAUUAUCAACUUUGGCUUGUAAUGUUUGGAGACCUGGGAUUUUUAUGAUUCCCUGAUGUGAAGUUCUUUCUUCUCCA